AUGUUGUUCCUUCUGAUGCUCUUGGUGCAGAAAGCAGUUGCUCUGAGCUGCCCUGCGAGUGAUGCUUUCCCGAUUCCCCAUGAGUGGUACCAGCCUGGUGAUCUCAUUGUGGGUGGGAUGGUGUCUCAGAUAAUUCAAUCCUUUCUUAAAAUUAAAUUUAAGGAACAUCCUUCUCUAAAACCUUAUGCUUUACAAGAUGUAAUAACCAAAUUCUACCAGCACGUCCUUGCCUUGGCCUUUGCUGUGAAGGAGAUCAAUGAGGACUCCCAGAUUUUACCUAACAUCACUCUCGGGUUCCACAUCUAUGACAGUUACAGCAACCCAAAGAUGACUUAUCGCACCACCCUGGACCUGCUAUUCAAAUCCCAGGAAUUUGUCUCAAACUAUAAAUGUGAUAGCCAGAAGAAUCUCAUGGCCAUCAUUGGGGGACUAAGUCCUGAUACAUCAUCCUUUAUGGCAGAAAGUAUACAUGUCUACAAAAUUCCACAGUUGACUUAUGGUUCCUUUGCCCAAGAAGACUUUCAGAUUACUGAGUUAUUUCCGCUUUAUCUCAUGGUCCCAAAAGAGGAGCAUCAGUACACUGGACUUAUUCAACUUCUUCUGCAUUUUGGAUGGACGUGGAUCGGAGUCUUUACUUUUGAAAAUAAAGAAGAACGUUUUUUGCAGAAACUGCAGCCGUUGCUUUCACAGAAUGGGAUCUGUUUAGCUUUCACACAAAACAUUCCACAACAUCUCUACUUUGAAGAUUUGUCAGAAUUGUUAGAUUCAGUCUCAAUUAUUUGGAAUAAAUUGAUGGAGCAAAAAUCGAACGUUUUUAUUGUCCAUGGAGAAUCCAUUACAGUAUCGUGGCUCAGAAGUGUGAUUUUUCUACGUGAUCCUGAAAAUAAAGAGAGGGCAUUAUUUAGGAAGGUUUGGAUCUUGAUGAAUUCAAUUGAUUUUGUCCUGAUGGGAAUUCAAAAGGAUUGGGAUCUCCAGAUGUUCCAUGGGGCUCUUUCUUUUACUGUGCAUUCAAGAGACGUUCAAGGCUUUAAAGAAUUUCUUCAAGACAUCAAACCUUCAACCCACAAAGAUGGAUUUCUUCAAGAGGUUUGGGAGCAAUUGUUUGACUGUGCAUUUUCAAACUCAGAAUUAUCUUCAACGGUCACUGAAAUCUGUACUGGAGAAGAGAAUUUGGAGAAUCUUCCUGGUCAUUUGUUUGAGUUGGAGAUGACUGGCCAAAGCUACAGUAUCUACAACGCUGUUUAUGUAGUGGCACAUUCUUUGCAUGAGGCAGUGAGAUCAAAAUCCCAACCAAGAGAGAUUCAGAGGGUUGGAUUUCCAAAUCUACUGCCUUGGAAGCUCCAUUCAUUUCUUCGAGGCAUUUCUUUCAACAAUUCAGCUGGGGACAUUAUGUUCCUGAAUGAGAAAGGAGAAGCGACAGGUGGAUUCGACAUCACCAACUUGGUCACUUUUCCAAACAGAUCCUUUCAGAGAGUCAAAGUUGGAAAGAUUGAUCCUCAUACUCCCAAUGCGAAGGAAUUAAUCACUGAUGAAAAGCUGAUUGUGUGGCACCCAGCUUUUAACCAGGUUCUUCCAAUUUCUCUGUGUAAUGACCAUUGCUCCCCUGGAUCCUGGAAGAAAAGCUUGGAAGGAAAGCAAUUCUGUUGCUACGACUGUGUUCCGUGUCCAGAAGGGAAGAUUUCAAAUGAAAAAGAUAUGGAUGACUGUUUUCAAUGUUCAGAAGAUCAUUAUCCAAAUAAAGAAAAGACAGGAUGCAUCUUGAAACUGCUGGUCUUUCUGACCUUUGAAGAAACCUUAGGAAUCAGUUUAGCUUCAGCAGCUCUUGGUUUCUUCUUCUUGACAUCUUGGGUACUCAGAACUUUUAUUAAACACAGGGAUACUCCCAUUGUCAAAGCCAACAACCGGUCCCUCACUUACGCCCUCCUUGUCUCUCUUCAGCUCUGUUUUCUCUCCUCUUUACUCUUUCUCAGCCAACCUGGCAAAGUGACCUGCCUUUUUCGGCAAUCAACUUUUGGCAUCACCUUCUCAGUGGCCAUUUCAAGUGUACUGGCUAAAACCAUCACUGUGGUUGUGGCUUUCAUGGCCACUAAACCGGGAUCUCAGAUGAGGAGGUGGAUGGGGAAAAGAUUGGCCUUUUCUAUUGUCCUCUCAUGCUUUUUCUUACAAGUAUGUAUCUGUAUUCUUUGGUUGUCAACAUCUCCCCCAUUCCCUGAGUUGGACAUGCACUCAGAGCUCCAUGAAAUGAUUUUACAGUGCAAUGAAGGGUCAGCUUUCUUCUUUUACUGUGUCUUGGGCUACAUGGGUAUCUUGGCCAUCGCCAGCUUUAUUGUGGCUUUCCUUGCCCGUAAAUUACCGGACAGUUUUAAUGAAGCCAAGUUCAUCACCUUCAGCAUGUUGGCCUUUUGCAGUGUGUGGAUCUCCUUCUUUCCAGCCUAUCUGAGCACAAGAGGAAAAGCCAUGGUAGCUGUGGAGGUCUUCUCCAUCUUGGCCUCCAGUGCUGCAUUACUGGGAUGCAUAUUCUUGCCAAAGUGCUACAUCAUUGUUUUUCGGCCUGAAUUCAACCGCAGGGAGCAACGGAUAAAGAGGAAUUAG